AUGCCGAAAAAGAACUUCCAGUGGAUGAUCGAUUGUAUUGUCAACUGGUUGCGAAAAGUCACGGAUUUCGAUCAUGGGUCGGAAUUAGCAGAAAUCAUCCGUCGCGGCGAACUGGAGACUUUGAGCGACGAAAAAGCCGUGCGGCUUUUGUACCGCCAGUUCAGAUCUGAAUUCGUUCGCCUCAAGCGUGUCGAAUACAACCUCGAGCAGGGCGACGGGGAUCCUCCGAAGGGAAGUUUAGGUGGGAAAGCCCUUACGCCGUCGCAGUUUCUGUUUCGUGACGAUUUCGCCGAGAUAAACCGAACGGUGGUCAAUUUCCUGUCAUUAAAGUGGCUCCUCGAGGAUAACUAUCAGGCUUUUACGGCACAUCAGCCCGGUGUCGUGAAGCUGUCCCCAGAAACAUUCACACGCUUUCGCCAGCUAGCGCGGGAGAUCUUGAGAAAGAAUGACGAUAUACUGGGCUUGGUCGUAUCCUUGAUACUUGGAGAUGUGGGAAAGGAUCCCGAGCUAGAAGACUUCGUGCACAGGAAGGAUGGAAAGAAGCCAAACCAUGACCAGAUCUUAGCCAGGGCCAUUGAGCUGGGUCAGUUUGAUAAGCCGCUGCGCUUACUCUCGGACAAAAAACGAGAGGAGAUGCUGCUAGGGGUCGAGGUCGGCGCAAAGCUCAACAUUCCACAAUUGACACAAGGUGAGAACGUCCCAGGAAGUUUGGUGAGUAUUCUCAUGCUACAAGGAAAGCCACAGGCAUUUAGGAUGAAAUAUCUCGAGAUUAUGUUGGAUGUAUCGGGCGCAGGUGGCCAUGUUGACGCGCGCGGUGCCGUUCGCAUGAUCGAGCCGGUCUGCCAGUCCUUUCUGUCCGCCUACCCGGUGCUGAUGAAUGUCAUUACCGGCAAGCUUUCAGUGCGCGACGCGUAUAACACGGUCCUGCAAAAUCGAGGUCAGCUACUAGCCGAACAAGGCUUCCAUGCAUUAUCCACAAAUAGUCGCAGCGACCGUGCCUUUCUCCGCCUCUGUGCGAUGGGUAGGGUAGCGGAUAAACAUCUAGCUGAACUGUUUGAGAAAGCAUUCAUAGAUCUCCCGCAACCUACACUAACAGAGCUCGUGAAUGGAUUGAACGUCGACGGAUGCAAUGACGAAGAUGCGGUAAUCCUUUACUACAUGCCUGCCAUAUUUGCGGAGGCAUUAAGGGUCACUCGUUCUGCACCCGAUGUAAAGAAAAUCCAAGUUCUUCAGAGCCUCAUGUCAUUCAUGGCACGAACAUACAAUGAUACAAGGCCCGUUGAUGGACAUCACGGUGUCAUUCUUGAACGUGACGUAUCUGGGGCGAAGGACUAUAUACGAAGAGACGGCUUCAUCGACGAUCCUACCAUUUUGAACCAAUGCGUUCCUCCAGUAGCGACAUGUUAA